UGCUCUAUACAGCUUCCCCGUGGUACUGCAGUGCUGUGGAUUUCCGGGCCGGCGCGUUUUUGCAUCGCGGGGUUAGGCGCGGCAGCAGUCGCUUAGGAGAAGUGGACCCGGCUUAUCGCUGCCCGGGGCGGUCUUUCCGUUUCCACCGGCGUGGAGGGAGAGUGCUGCCAUGGCGGCCCCUGCACAGCCCAAGAAAAUCGUAGCCCCUACGGUGUCCCAGAUCAACGCGGAGUUCGUGACCCAGUUAGCAUGUAAAUACUGGGCUCCCCACAUCAAGAAAAAAUCACCUUUUGAUAUAAAGUGCAGGUUUGCUAUUAGAAAGAUAAUGCUGUUGGAAUUUAGCCAGUAUCUUGAAAAUUACCUCUGGAUGAAUUAUUCUCCAGAGGUGUCCAGCAAGGCCUAUUUAAUGUCAAUCUGCUGUAUGGUGAAUGAGAAGUUCAGAGAAAAUGUCCCUGCAUGGGAGACUUUCAAGAAGAAGCCAGACCACUUCCCAUUCUUUUUUAAGCACAUCUUGAAAGCGGCAUUAGCUGAAACUGAUGGUGAAUUUUCACUCCAUGAACAGACAGUCCUACUACUUUUUCUUGAUCAUUGCUUCAAUAGUUUGGAAGUAGACUUGAUACGGAGUCAAGUACAGCAGCUUAUCUCCCUUCCAAUGUGGAUGGGCUUACAGCCUGCCUUACUACCCACAAGGCGCUGGUUUAAUACCAUCCUGGAUGACUCCCACCUUUUGGUUCACUGUUACCUUUCCAAUCUUGUUCAUAGGGAAGAGGAUGGCCAUCUUUUUUCCCAGCUUUUGGACAUGCUCAAAUUCUAUACUGGUUUUGAAAUUAACGACCAGACUGGAAAUGCUCUGACAGAGAAUGAGAUGACUACAAUUCAUUAUGAUAGAAUUACUUCUCUACAGAGUAUUAGUGUUUUUGUUCUUCUGCCUCUGCCCUUGAAGUUACCGCAGCUGGUGUGCAGUAAUAUGAAAGAUGGCCUGGGAAAAAACAUCAACGUCUUAAAGUUAGAAAUGAGAAUGGUUUGUAAAACCCUACAGCUGUAUCCUGAUACUGGAUGGUCCUUACCCUUUGUAGUCCUAAACCGUUCAAACACUCUCCACCAGGUGGCAUCAUACCUCUGCUUGUUGCCAACCCUUCCUAACAGUGAAGACACAACUUUGGAUAAAGAAUUUCUUCUAGAAUUGCUGGUAUCUCGUCAUGAACGUCGAAUUUCUCAGAUUCAGCAGUUGAACCAGAUGCCUUUGUAUCCAACUGAGAAAAUUAUAUGGGAUGAAAAUAUUGUUCCAACUGAGUACUAUUCUGGGGAAGGUUGUCUGGCUCUUCCCAAGUUGAAUCUGCAGUUUUUGACUCUUCAUGACUACCUCCUAAGGAACUUUAAUCUCUUCCGCUUAGAAUCGACUUACGAAAUUAGACAGGACAUCGAAGAUAGUGUCAGCAGAAUGAAGCCAUGGCAAUCCGAAUAUGGCGGUGUAGUGUUUGGAGGUUGGGCACGAAUGGCCCAGCCCAUUGUGGCUUUUACUGUAGUUGAAGUUGCCAAACCCAACAUAGGUGAAAACUGGCCAACUCGAGUUCGUGCAGAUGUUACCAUCAAUCUGAACGUCAGAGAUCACAUCAAAGAUGAAUGGGAAGGUCUUCGUAAGCAUGAUGUAUGCUUUUUAAUUACUGUGCGCCCCACAAAACCUUAUGGCACUAAGUUUGACCGGAGGAGACCUUUUAUUGAGCAGGUUGGCCUGGUUUAUGUCAGAGGCUGUGAAAUCCAGGGCAUGCUGGAUGAUAAAGGGCGUGUCAUUGAAGAUGGACCUGAACCCAGACCCAAUCUUAGAGGAGAGUCAAGGACAUUUAGAGUGUUUUUGGAUCCAAACCAGUAUCAACAAGAUAUGACCAAUACUAUACAAAAUGGAGCAGAAGAUGUGUAUGAUACUUUCAAUAUAAUAAUGAGGAGAAAACCAAAGGAAAAUAACUUUAAGGCUGUGCUGGAGACUAUUCGGAACCUGAUGAAUACUGAUUGUGUGGUACCUGACUGGCUGCAUGAUAUCAUUUUAGGCUAUGGGGACCCAAGUAGUGCACAUUAUUCAAAAAUGCCCAAUCAGAUUGCUACCCUUGAUUUCAAUGAUACGUUUCUCUCUAUUGAGCAUUUAAAAUCCAGCUUUCCUGGUCAUAAUGUUAAAGUAACUGUGGAUGACCAAGCUCUACAGAUUCCCCCUUUCAGGAUAACCUUUCCAGUAAGAAGUGGAAAAGGGAAGAAAAGGAAAGAUGCAGAUGGAGAAGACGAAGGCACUGACGAGGCAAAAACUUUAAUUGUUGAACCUCAUGUUAUUCCUAAUAGGGGUCCUUAUCCUUAUAAUCAGCCCAAACGUAAUACUAUUCAGUUCACUCAUACUCAGAUAGAGGCUAUCCGUGCUGGAAUGCAGCCUGGGCUGACUAUGGUUGUGGGCCCACCUGGUACAGGAAAAACUGAUGUGGCAGUCCAGAUCAUAUCCAACAUCUACCACAAUUUCCCAGAGCAGAGGACUCUAAUUGUUACUCAUUCCAAUCAGGCCCUGAACCAGUUGUUUGAGAAAAUUAUGGCUUUAGACAUUGAUGAACGCCACCUAUUACGUCUUGGUCAUGGAGAAGAAGAGCUGGAGACAGAGAAAGAUUUCAGCAGGUAUGGAAGAGUUAAUUAUGUCCUGGCUCGAAGAAUAGAACUUUUAGAAGAAGUCAAACGAUUGCAAAAGAGUCUAGGGGUUCCAGGAGAUGCCUCAUAUACUUGUGAAACUUCCUGUUUAGGAUUACUCCAGGAAUUCAGAGCCUCUGAACUGCUUCGCAGUGGACUGGACAGAUCUAAAUACCUUUUGGUGAAAGAAGCCAAAAUUAUUGCCAUGACCUGUACUCAUGCUGCCUUAAAACGACAUGAUUUGGUCAAGUUAGGUUUCAAGUAUGACAACAUUUUAAUGGAAGAGGCUGCUCAGAUUCUGGAGAUAGAAACUUUUAUACCUCUUCUUCUACAGAAUCCUCAGGAUGGAUUUAGCCGACUGAAACGAUGGAUUAUGAUUGGUGAUCAUCACCAGUUACCUCCAGUCAUUAAGAACAUGGCCUUUCAGAAGUAUUCAAACAUGGAGCAGUCUCUCUUCACUCGCUUUGUCCGUGUUGGAGUUCCUACUGUGGAUCUUGAUGCUCAAGGGAGAGCCAGAGCAAGCUUGUGCAAUCUCUACAACUGGCGUUACAAGAAUCUAGGAAACUUGCCCCAUGUGCAGCUCUUGCCGGAGUUCAGUACAGCAAAUGCUGGCUUGCUGUACGACUUCCAGCUCAUUAACGUUGAAGAUUUUCAGGGAGUAGGAGAGUCGGAACCUAAUCCUUACUUUUAUCAGAAUCUUGGAGAGGCAGAAUAUGUAGUAGCACUUUUUAUGUACAUGUGUUUACUUGGUUACCCUGCUGAUAGAAUCAGUAUUCUAACAACAUAUAAUGGCCAAAAGCAUCUUAUUCGUGACAUCAUCAAUAGACGAUGUGGGAACAAUCCAUUGAUUGGAAGACCAAAUAAGGUAAUUUUGGAUGUCCGUCGCUUAGUGGUGGCCAUGUCUAGAGCCAGACUUGGACUUUAUAUCUUCGCCAGAGUAUCCCUCUUCCAAAACUGUUUUGAACUAACUCCAGCCUUCAGUCAACUCACAGCCCGCCCACUUCAUCUGCAUAUAAUUCCUACAGAACCUUUCCCAACCACUCGCAAGAAUGGAGAGAGACCAUCUCAUGAAGUACAGAUAAUAAAGAAUAUGCCCCAGAUGGCAAACUUUGUAUACAACAUGUAUAUGCAUUUAAUACAGACGACACAUCAUUAUCAUCAGACUUUAUUACAACUACCACCUGCUAUGGUAGAAGAAGGUGAAGAAGUUCCAAAUCAAGAAACAGAAUUGGAAACAGAAGAAGAGGCCACGACUGCUCAAGCUGACAUCAUACCCAGUCCAACAGAUGCCAGCUCCAGCUCCAGUGAAGAAACCCCAGACUUUGGGUCUGACACCACCCCCAGUCAUACUGAGACCACCACCAGUGAGACAGGAGCCAGUUCCAAUCCAGACACCACCCCUGCUCUACCCGAGAUCACCACCACUGUGGCAGGACCUGUAACUGCACCAGCAGAGGCUAACACACCUCAGGAUGCCACAUCUGCCCCAGCGGAGACCAAGUAGUCAAACUGUAGUCCUCUUACGGAGGACAUGGCAUUCAUAAAAUCUAAGUAAACUUAUGUUUUGUAUUUUAUAGUUACUUCUGCCAUUUUAAUGGCACUAAUUAAUGUUCAGUCCUUAUUUUUAUUAACUGAUUUCAGUGUCUUGGAUAUAUUAAAAAUAGUUGUA